UGGCCGGGGGAAGCUUUCAGCGACUCAUUGUUUUGUAAUUGUCCCAGUGGCCCUGUGUCCUCACCGGAGCGCCCAGAAUGCUGCGAGACAAGGCUACAGCUAGAUGUUGAGAGCCUCACACUCAUUCCCUUUCUUACACACUCACACAGACACGCUCGGUUGAGACGGGACAGUCAGGGACGUGUGUCAGCAGCAUGAGUGUGAAGGACAAACACACAGCAGCCGGAGGAAGUUUCUGAGAGAGGAGUCAUGGAUCUCUCACCAGAGUAGGAGAGGAGUAAAAACUUUGAACCAUAUGACAUGGACCAGUCCCACAGCGCCCCCUUCAGCUCUGAGAAUGAGACUCAGGGAGGCAACCCCGCUGUGUGGCAGUGUGCUCCUCCCCCAUCUACCUCACCCUCCGGGGACACGCCAGCUCAUCAUCCCCAUUACCAGCCAGCGUCCAGACCCCGCGCUGAGCCGGCCAGCCAAAGGCCCUCCCCUCCGUCUGCCUCCGCCCUUACAGGAACCAAGAGCAAAAGCUCCAAACCAGCACACAUGAGACGCAACAUCAGGAAGAUACUGAGGGAGCAUCAGUUGGAGGCAGUGACCAAAGCCGUCCAGCAGGAGGAGCUGGAAAGGAGGCGACGUCUGGACCAACAGAGAAACCAAGAUUUUCCCGUACCACUGCUGCCUGAAUACACGACUGGAGAAGUGACCAAACACGCGUGUUCGUCAUCAGCGUCGUCGGCAUCACAGCAAGAAGUGAAGACAGCCAGACAGGAAGUGAUCACCCUGAACGCCAACAGCACUGGCAUCAAGGACAAUGAGACCAGCGUAGACGUUAGUGCGACGACAGAGCACGGACCUAAAACAGAUGUGAUCGAUCUGAGCUCGGGCGAGGACGACGCCAUCGCCCACAUCGGCGGCGACUCAACCGUCGAGGAAGAGGAGAGCGAGUCGAGCGGCAUACAUGCCAACGACGUCCUCAACACACCCGACAAACAGGGCCGAGUGUUGGUAAACUUGACCCAUUCAGCGGAGGAACCUGACAUUUUCCUGUCGCCUCACCUGGCACGAGCCGUCAAACCUCACCAGAUCGGCGGAAUCCGUUUCCUUUACGACAACGUGGUGGAGUCGGUGGAGCGCUUCAGCGGCAGCAGUGGAUUCGGCUGUAUCCUCGCUCACAGCAUGGGCCUGGGCAAAACACUGCAAGUCAUCUCCUUCAUCGACGUCCUGUUCAGAUACACCCAGGCUCACACUGUGCUGGCCAUCGUACCUGUGAACACAUUGCAGAACUGGCUGUCAGAGUUCAACACCUGGGUCCCGCCCCCAGAGGCGUUACCUCCAGAUACUGACCCCAGCCUGAUAACCCCCCGCACCUUUAAGGUUCAUAUCCUCAACGAUGAACACAAAAACACAGCUGCCAGGGCCAAAGUGGUGGAGGACUGGGCAAAGGAUGGAGGAGUGCUGCUGAUGGGCUACGAGAUGUAUCGCCUCCUGUCACUGAAGAAGAGCAUCGUGGCCGGGCGAAAGAAGAAGAACAAGAAAACCGCCGUUGUCGUCGACCUGGAUGAAGAGGACAGGCAGCAGGAACUGCUCAAAGGUAUCGAGAGAGCCUUAGCUCGACCUGGUCCAGACGUGGUGAUCUGUGACGAAGGGCAUCGCAUCAAGAACUGUCACGCCAGCACGUCGCAGGCUCUGAAGAACAUCCAAACUCGCCGUCGAGUGGUGCUGACUGGCUACCCGCUCCAGAACAACCUGAUUGAGUACUGGUGCAUGGUCGAUUUUGUCCGACCAGACUUCCUCGGUACACGGCAGGAGUUCAGUAACAUGUUUGAGCGUCCCAUUCUGAACGGCCAGUGUGUGGACAGCACGUCUCAGGACAUCCAGCUGAUGAGGUACAGGAGUCAUGUCCUGCACAGCCUGCUCGAGGGCUUUGUACAAAGACGAGGCCAUGAUGUCCUGAAGGACCAGCUGCCCCCUAAGAAGGAGCACGUUAUGCUGGUGCGUCUGUCUCCUCUGCAGAGGGCGCUCUACACAGAGUUCAUGAACCGCUUUAGAGAGGCGGGAAACACUGGCUGGCUCAGCCUCAACCCAUUGAAGGCUUUCUGUGUCUGCUGCAAGAUUUGGAACCAUCCAGAUGUGCUCUACGAAGCCUUACAGAAGGAGAACUUGGCAAGUGACCAGGACUUGGACCUGGAUGACAUGACCUCCACUGGACACACCCGAUGUCCAACCACACCCAGUCCAAAGUCCAAGCCGCUGGAGAAUCCUCUCCCCGCUGGUGGACUGAGUCUCAAUCAGCUGCAAGAGAAAGCCAAUCAGGUCAUCACUUACGAAUGGGCGAAGGACAUCAUGAGUGACUACAAACCUGGUGUCCUGGAGAACUCCCCCAAGAUGGUGAUGCUGUUUCACCUCAUAGAGGAGAGCGUCAGGAAGGGAGACAAGCUGCUCGUCUUCAGUCAGAGUUUGUCCACACUGACAGUGAUUGAGGAUUUCUUGGCCAAGAGAGCGGUGCCUCUCUCACCAAACAUGUCUGGCAGAGAUAAAUCCAACCAGAACUGGGUCCGCAACCUCAACUACUACAGAUUGGAUGGAAGUACAACAGUGUCAGAGAGAGAGAAACUCAUAAACCAAUUCAACGACCCAUCUAACACGUCAGCGUGGGUCUUCUUGCUGUCAACCAGGGCUGGUUGUCUGGGCGUGAAUCUGAUCGGGGCGAACCGUGUGGUGGUAUUUGACGCCUCGUGGAAUCCGUGCCACGAUGCCCAGGCUGUGUGUCGUGUUUAUCGCUACGGUCAGAGGAAGCCGUGUCACAUCUACAGACUCGUGUGUGACUUUACGCUGGAGAAGAAGAUCUACGAUCGCCAGAUCUCCAAACAGAGCAUGUCAGACCGGGUUGUGGAUGACCUGAACCCUGUGCUGACCUUCACCAGGAGAGAGGUGGAUUCUCUCCUUCACUUUGUGGAAGAGGAACCAGACCCCUCCCAGGUCCUGCUUCAGCCCAAGGACAGUAUGGAGAGUGUCCUCAGAAAGGCACUACACCUCUAUCCUCACCUUAUUACCAAGCAACCGUUCCCCCAUGAGUCCCUGCUGAUGGACCGUAGGGAGCUGAAGCUGAGCAGGGCUGAGAAGACAGCUGCUAAGAAGGGUUAUGAAGCGGAGAAGAGGGCCUCUGUGCCUUACACCCGCCCUUCCUACGCUCACUACUACCCCGCCAGUGACCAGAGCCUCACCAACAUCCCUGCCUUCAGCCAGAGAAACUGGCGGCCUCCCCCUCGUACUGAAGAGAAGCCAGUGGCCAGUUUGCGGCCAGUCCAGUCAACCCCAGGUCCCAUGAUGCCUCGCCAGACGUCUGCAGACUCCAAAACAGGAAAAGAUUCACCCCAAUCCAGCCCCGGAGUGUUCCCAGUUAACUGUCUGCAAAAAGCCGGGGUGAUGGUACAGAAGAUCGUCACCACUACUGACAUCGUGAUUCCAGGCACCAACAGUUCGUCUGAUGUCCAGGCCAGGAUCCCAGCUGGAGAGAGCAUCCACAUCAUCAAGGGCACAAAAGGAACAUACAUCAGGACAUCUGAUGGUCGCAUCUUUGCCAUCAGAGCGGCUAAUAAAGCCAAGACUGUAGAGGAGAAUACUACAGCACCACCCAAAGACUUGCAGGGCCCACCUGUUGAGACCUCGUCCAAUGACAGUGACAGCUGUCGGUCACCUGAUAAGAAGGAGCCGGAACCCUCCAAGUCUGUGCCUCGCCCUCUGUCACCUGACAGCCCAGAGAUCAUCAGCGAGUUGCAGAGCUACACGGGCAGCAAGGGAGCCGAAGCCACAGCAGUCUCUGAAGCUCAACCAGAGAGGGCAGCAGAGAGCAACACAAACAACCUGCCUUCCACCAAACUGCUUCAGACCAAUGGCAGCAGUUUUCCCAGUGGAAACAUGAGCCACCAUGAUGCCUCUGUUACUAAUGUAAUUCAGCACACCACUGACACCACUGUCGCUCAAGACCUGAGAACAGGCUCCAAGCGUAAAGCCUCCUCUCCAUCUUUGGAUGAGCAGCCCAGCAAACACCUCUCUGCUGGCAAACACUCCUCAGCCUCUCUGGUCUCACAAGGCUUCCCCUUCACCGGGGGUUAUGGCCUGCCGCCACUGGGCCUCAACCCCACCAUGCUGAGUGGGUCACUGGGGCACCCACUCUUUGCUGGGGCUGGUUCGCCUUACUUCCAGCCUCCGCACACUCAGCUGGGGGACCACGGUUACAGGUACGCAGAUUUGUUCAGCUCGGGUGGAGCCAGCACACCUCCCACCUCCUCUCCCCCGGCCCCAUCGAUGACGACCGCACCUACUGCCAUCCCAUCUUCCACAUCAGUUCAAGCUGCCAGUUUGGUUCCAGGUGCCCUGCCUCCAUUCAUGCUGAACCCCAACUUGGCUGGCAUGGCUGGGAUGCUCCCGCCAGGUUUCCCCCUUUCUUACAAUCAGUCCCUGGCUAGCCUCUACACGGGGUCAAUGCUCCAAGGCGGGCUCCCAGGGCCAGCUGCCACUCCUGGCCCUGCUGGAGCAAGCUUCCUCUCCCAGUAUCCUCCCACUGCUGCCUCCAGCUCCACCUCAUCUUCCCCUUCCUCUUUCUCCUCCUCUGCACGCUCAGAGGGCCACCGGGGUCCUCUUCUGGUGAACGGCAGGAAUGUUAGCAGUGCCAGCAGCUCAGAUGACGAUGAUGAUGUCAUUGAGGUGAGGGGACAGUGACAGCCAAAUUAUGAGGUCAUUUGAGAAUGCCUGAUUCAAUUUAAUAGUAAUCACAAUAUUUGCCAAAAUACAGGCUUUGAUGGGCCUGUAAUGGAGGCUGUGAGGGAAAUAGACACAUAAUUAAACAGAGUGAAGUGAUGACAACUGAUCCCCUGCUGUGUCUUGGACAAAUUGAGUAGAACAUUGAACACAGACUGUAGUUAGAGCAACACAUUCUGAUGCUGAAUAUCAGAAGAUGAAACCGAAGGAAAAAAAAGAAAACUAGAGGAUUUGCGCUUCCAAGAUUUUUUUGUUUAAUUAUUACUGGCAUCGAGAUACCAAUCACUGGACUUGUACUGCUGAUCGUGGGCCUUCAAUGACCACAAAUGGCCACUAGUUGUCCUGUUGACUUUAGAGAUUCUAGUUCUGCAGCUUUGUUAAAUGUCAAGACUCUCGCAUUAUUCAGCUAAUUAAAUGAUACCGUUAGGAUGAUGUCGCUUUAUUAAGAACAAGGUUUGAUAAUUGAGUUAGCUGGUAGUAACAGUUGUUAAAUAUCAGUAACUGGAUUGCUUUAAUAUGUCACUUGUCAAAUAUUGCUACUGAAUAUUUCCUAAAACUGCAAAGGUUAAUAGAUCAAACCGAAUGUUGACAAAGCUUUUGGAAUUGAGUUAAUAAUUCACUGCCAGGACAGGAGUAUUGUACAUUGAUGAUCUCAAAAAAAAAAAAAAAGGUGUGGGUCAUCUUGAAUUACUGAUGGAGUGUUUAAGGUGUUGACGUGAAAGUCAAUUAUUGAAACCUUAAAACUCUGAUGUAAGAAUGUAUGCUCAAUCAAAUGCCUUGAAACCAGGCCUUUUUGAGAAGACUUAGGCAUCAGACUUGGGAAGAUCUGAUUUUUUUUUUCUCUUUUGUGUGCGUGUAUUUUCUAUUUAUGUAUUCUUUUAUUUUUUAAAGAAAAAUGAUUGCCUAAAAACAGCCAGGUGAAAGUGAGAAAUUACCACUGUAUUGUAGUGAGGUGUCCUCCUCCUCGUAGCGGAGGAACAACCAACAGAAAAUGCCUUUUUAUUUCCUCCGUCUCUCUGAAUGUGAACUGUGAGAGAUGAGAGGUCAAGAGAGACAGACUCUCUGGAUCUCAACAACAGUCUUACUGUAGCCUAGCGAAAAACGAUGCAAAACACUCACUCAAGCCUAUAUAUGUAGUUUGUACAAACCCCAGAGGAAUUCAGCUUGUAGCCCCGAAUUUUUGGUUUUUUGCUUGUGUCAUCCCUGUGCGUACCUGUGCAUCCUAAGGGUUACAAAAGGAAUCAUUUAAAAGAAUAAAUAGAAACUUUUGUUGCUUAGUUUGGAUGCAGAUUUGAUCUCGGCUAAAUUUUCUUCUUUGUCUCCACUUUUUUUUGCCAGUGUGAAACCAGUCUAAUUUAUUUUCAGAGACAAAGAGAAAGAAAGAAAGAAAGAAAGAAAGAAAGAAAGAUGGUGUAGCUUUGCCAAAAAAUGAAAAAUGCACAAGCACAUUGGCAGCCUCAAUUGAAAAAAGGGUCUUCAGAGACCAAAUAAUGCUGUCAGCAAAUUCACCACAGCAGCACACUCGCUCUACAAUGUCCUCACAACCACAGUCCAGACAGUACAUGUAUAUCCAUCUCACUGUAUGACCCUGCAGGUUACACUGUAAGAGACACACAUCUGUAAACUGAUGGGGAAAACUUGAUCAUGUGACCAAGUUCCGGUCGGAUUAAUCAUAAACCAUUGUUCUGCUGUUCCAACUGAUUGCCUCUAAUCACAUUAACUGAUCAGUAAUGUUCAGGACUGUCCUUUUUAUAGAGAAAAUGUUCUCCUACAAAAUGGCUGCUGGAAGAGCUCCAAGAACCACCAGCUCAUUUAUCAAAAGCGAAUCUCUUUAACAGUGUCAAGCAUUUCCUGUAUUUUCUCUUCCAUGUAUUUGUUCUUCAUAUUGAUAUCGUUGGUUUACUUAAGUUUAAUUUUUGUUCUCCUCUUUUUUCCAAUGUUGGAAUUUACCAAAACAAUUUAUUUAUUCAUGACAGUUGCAUAUUUAUUCAUGUUUAUUUUUGUACAAUUAUAUUUUUGUCUGCUUUUUAUUGCUGUUUUGUUUUUUUCUUUUUUGGUUUGUACAAUUGUGAUGGUCAUAUGGCUAUUGUUGUUACCGCUGAUGGAAAUGACGAUCUGCUUAUGUGACUCAGCAACACGUGAACUUGUGUAGAACUUGCACGAGGACCAACCCACUGGUGUGUUACAGUAAACAUAAAUAUCUUAGACUCACGUCUUUAAGAAGGAUUGUUUACAAUGACAAAUAAAGGACAUUAGGGAUAUAGUGACUUUCAGUCAUUAGAGCAUCCUCACAGGUUUGAGAUACAUAUCUAAGAGUUUGUGUUUGGAGAAUAUGAGCCAUCUGUGCAUGUAAAUAAAGCCCAUUCACAAGUGAUGGGUUAGAAAUCAAGGCAAUCCUAUUACUCAUGAACUGUAAAGAAAAAUGAUAUCAAGUGCUUUUCUUUCACUCUGCUGUUGUUGUUGUUCAUUUCCAUAUCAUCAGAAAUAUCCAUCUGUGUCACCAUCAUGAUGGAAAACUGUCUGAGUGAGUUUCCUCAGUGUUGAACUGUUGGGUCAUCAGCUCUGUGUUUGCUGUGCUGACCAACUGCUCUUCUAUUUCACAGCUUUCUACUUGAAUUUACAUAUUUAUUUAUACAAAUCGAUUUGGCUUCAAAAGCUGAGCCAACUGUCGGAAUUCCAUUUUAGUCAAGGAGAAGAUUAAAGCUGCUGUCUUUGAGGAUUGGCUCCUGUCAAAGCCUAUUGUGUGUAGUGUAUGGAUAAUGUGUAUGACCUUGGAUUACUUUUAAAUCCUCUCUUUUCUUUUUGUUUUUUGAAAGUUUGUAAAUAAAAAGAAACUGUUCUGAAUAA